AUAUAAAAUAAAAUUAUGUCCUUAACUUAUUUUAGUGCACCUGAAAUAUUAGUUCAAAUUAACAUAAAUAUGGCAAAUUUUGAAGAGGAAGGAAGUGAUAAAGAAUUAAACGAAAGUAUUAUUAGUACAGGAGGAGAAAAUCUUCAGGAUUUUCAAGAAGAAGCUGAAAAUAAUGCUCGUAUCGACGAAGAGCAAAAGGAAAAAUUAGUAAAAUUACCAUUAGGUAGAAUAAAAACAAUUAUAAAGAUGGAUCCUGAAGUGAAUAUGGUUAACCAAGAAGCCGUUUUCUUAAUUACAAAAUCUACGGAACUUUUUAUUGAUUCUCUUACUAAAGAAUCAUACAAAUAUACAGCACGAAUGAAAAAAAAAACUUUACAAAAAAGAGAUGUAGAAAGUGCAAUUGAUAAUGUCGAUGCGCUUGUAUUUUUAGAAGGAAUGCUAAAUUAAAAUUUAAUGGAAGAGGAAAAUACGUAGUUUUUAUUUUUUAUGUAAUAUAGUAAUAGCAUUAUUUUUGUACGUUAUCAAUAAAAUUGCAUUAUUUUAUUGAACAGAAUUAUGUAUAUAGGUUCUAAUUUUCAUACUUAAUGCAAAUACUUAUAAAACAUAAGUGAAGAAUAAAUUUAUAAUGAUACAUUUUUUAUAACUUAUGACAAUUCAAUGUGUAAUUCUAUAAUAUAAAUAUAAAAGUAAUAUAAAAGUAA